GGACUCCCAAUCACAAAACACUAAAGGUCCAAUACCGACCGUGUGAUCAUCCAAGUAGACAAGCCCAAAGCGGCGAACGCUGUUCACUCAGUACAGAGCUAUCUGUAGUCAGACCGAUAUCCCGGGCUACGUUACCUGAGAUAGUUUGUCAUUCAUCAAUCUUCAUCAUGUCAGCCACCAAAAAGCUACGUGUUGGAAUCAUCGGGGCAGGAGAGGUAUUCCAAAUCUGCCAUGGGCCCUGCCUGCUCUUGAUGCCGCAUCUUUUUACCCUUCAGUCCAUUUUCGACAUCUCGCCGACAAACACCAAGCACUGCGCCGAUAAGUUUAACAUACCGCAUCAGGCUACGUCCCCAGAGGAAGUGCUCGGAAAUCCUAACGUGGAUCUCGUCAUGAUCCUGACAUCUGACGACAGUCAUGCCCCGCUCGCCGUGGCAGCUAUCAAAGCGGGCAAGUUCGUCAUGAUCGAGAAGCCCAUGACCUUGUCGAUCCCUUCGGCACAGUCCAUUAUUGAUGCCGAGGAGCAAGCUGGUGGUUCUCGCGUCUUCAUCGGCUACAUGCGCCGGUACGCGCCCUCGUUCCUCCAAGCCUUUAAGCGUGAAGUGGCUUCUAUUCCGAGACUCCUAUACGGCAGAGUCCGCGACUUUUCUGGGCCGAACGCGAAUUUCACUAGCCAGAGCGGUACGUUCGCAAUCAAGCCGGACGACUUUCCUCCCGGCAGCAACGCCGAGAGAGAUCAGCGAUUCGAGGCCCUCUACGCAGAAGCAUUUCCCGGGCAGGCCAUCACUGAUGCCCACCGAAACUACUGUCGCUUCCUAGGUGGCCUCGGGUCUCACGAUUUCUCUCUCAUGCGCGAAACCCUCGGCAUGCCCGAAAAGGUAAUCGGUGUCUCUGUCAACCACCCAUUCUACAGCUCUAUCAUGUCGUUUCGAAACAAGGACGGAUCGCCUUAUUCGGUCACGUAUGAGAGUGGUAUCGACGAAGUCCCCGUUUUCGAUGCGCAUCUGGCGCUGUAUGGGGAAACGAAACGAGUGACAAUCAAGUAUGACAGCCCUUACGUUAAAGGUCUGCCCAUCACUGUCGAGGUAGAUGAGGUCAACGAACAUGGCGAGGUCCAGCACAGGCAAGUCUUGUCGUCUUACGAAGAUACCUACACUGCCGAGCUUCAGGAGAUUCACGAAUGCUUUGUCAAGGGGAAAUCUAUCAAGACAACCCCCAAAGAUGCUCUGGAAGAUAUUACACUGUACGACAUGAUGUACAAGGUGUGGGCUGCUGGGAAGAACGAAUAAGCCCCGGAACGAACUUCAAUGCUCUGGUAGGACAGUGAAGCUUUGAACGGACGUUACAGGAUCCCGAAUAAUACACGGAAUCAUAUGAUACAUAGUAAGGGGCUCAAUCGACGCCUGCCCAGUUGGUACUUUGUCUUGGCUUGCAAUCAGCGCUGAACGAAACUUGUUGCCGCACAGCAGCAUCUUCAACCACAUACGACCAUACCUACUGGAGAACUCGGGAUCCCGUCCGCUCUCCCAUAGAUAAGCCAGUAAGGGUCGGACUAGUAGUUGGGUGGGUGACCACCAGCGAAUCCCUGAUGUUGUAUGUUUUUUACAAUCUUUUGUUUUGUCCUGGUUGUUGAAGAUUGUUUGUGGUUGUGGGGUCCUGAUGUCGGAAAUAGCGCGGUGAAUUCUGCUGGUGGCAUUCAAUUGUACAGUGGCGUUCGCCUGGUGCCGGGUGGUCUUUGCGCCCAGUGCCUCCAUUAAGUUCCAGGCACUUGUUGAAUCGAGGCAGAAUACACAAACCUUUCCCGUG